AUGUCCGACGCCACACCAACGAUAGAUAAGUCGGUCACGGACAACGGGAAGGUCAUGUUCACCGCCUGGAAGGCCCGCUUCAUCGCGCACCUCAACUCCAAGUCGACGGAAGACGACUACAAGCGUGUUAUGGACGUCAAGAAGCCACUCAACUUGGCGCACUCUGAUUGGCUGAAGUUUAAGCCAAUCAUCAACGACGUCGAUGUCGCCGCCGACUAUGCCGCCUUCCGUGACGGCAGCGAGCCUGGAGCCGAGAAGAUGAAGCGCUUCUAUUACCUGCGCAUACAGGAGAGCCUGAUCUGGAGCUUAUUUGGUAAAGCGCGCUUCGAACGCGAGUAUGCGCAGUCGUCGCUCGAUGUGAGCACAACCUUGUACCUAGAGUUUAUAACUCUACCUGCGAAACCAUUUAACACAGCUAACGUGGACGACUAUCUUAAGGUCGACUGCGCCUCGCUUAAGAGCGACCUCAGUAAAGGGAUCGCGCGCAAGAACUUCAAGGGGGUUCCUGCAAAGCGGAUCAAGGUGUCAACCAACAGUGCUGUUGCAACGGCCAAAGGCUUCUUCUCCCUCUACACCACCGAGACCUACUGCCCCACACGCAUCGAAAUCGACGCCUACACUAUUAGCCAGAUCAAACACCAGGGCGACAAGAUUCGAAAAGACGCGAAGUACUCCACCGACGGUUAUGCUGGCGACGCCUUGGAACAACGCCUUGCGACAGUGAAACGCCUGGAACAAGACUUCACUCGCAAGUUUCUGGACGAGUACAUCGCAGAGUCCCUCCCUACCCUACGCGUCCAAGCUAAGGCAUUCCUCUUCAACUCUCUCGCGCCUAUCCUCCAACAAGUCAUCGGGUCCUACGCCACUCCCUUCUCUCUAUGGGCCGCACUUAUGGCGCGCCAUGAAUCCGGCACCUGCGACCCCAUGAUCCUGUUCACAGAUCAAGUACACCGAAGACACCAGUGCCGAAACUCUCUUCACCACCCUCGACGAUCAGUUCAACCUGAUCAAAACGGCGACUUUUCCCUGCGAACUCAGACGCUCUCUCGGCUCGCAAAGGUCACGUGA